AUGGGGCUGAGGGACAAGAAGAGGAACCAGAGGCGUGUGCUCUCGCGCCGCUCGGCUGGUCCCAAGACCGGCGAGGGCAAGGAUUUCCUGCCGCUGGAGGGGAAAGAGCAGAGGGUCCGGGAGAAGAAGCAGCCUGAGGAGCCGGAGAGCACGGCCACCGUCCUGUACAUCGGCCACAUCCCCCACGGUUUCUACGAGGACCAGAUGCAAGGUUUCUUUCAGCAGUUUGGGGCUGUUAAGAGGGUCAGGGUUGCCCGGAACCGCAAGACAGGGAAGUCUAAGCAUUAUGGAUUCAUUGAGUUUGAGAACCCUGAGGUGGCGAAGAUUGUAGCUGAUGAGAUGAAUAACUACCUGUUGUUUGAGCACACUCUGCAAAUUGCGCCUGUCCCACCGGAGAAAGUUCAUGCCAAAUUAUGGAAAGGUGUGCGGAAGGGAUUUAUACCAAUUGACCGGGUAGCAAUUGAACGGAAGCGGCUUAGUAAGGAUAAAACAGUGGAGGAGCACAAGAAGAUGCUCGAAGGAAUUGUAAAGAGGGAUGAGAAGCGUCGCAAAAGAAUCAAGGCUGCUGGUAUCGAUUACGAGUGUCCAGCCCUUGCCUGCAAAAUUCAACCUUUUUAUUUACCUGGAGCAAAAGGCACACAAUUGUAG